UUAUAAUGAGAAUGCUCCAUCUUUCUCAUACUUUGAAGACUUGAGCUAUUUAAUACUUCUUAGCUAAUGUUGAAUGGUAUUUUUUGUAGGGGUUAGAUUCUGUCAUGGACAUGUCAGAAACCUUGUAUGAUCAAAAUCACCCAUGAAAAGCCUUUUCUUUACCUAGAAGAAUAUAAUAUUAUUUUUCAAUGAGCCCAUCAUAGAAGUAUUUCCUCCUGAUUUGGAUCAGAUUGCUGAUUCUUGAGCUGAGAAUCAGAUGAAAUGUUUGGCUUCCUUUUAAGCGCCAGGUUGAAGAGGAUUGUCUUUCAGAGCAUAGAGUGUGCAUAGUUGAUUCUAGUAGUAAGUUAAAUGUACGUGAUAGGACUCCACUUUGAACAUCUUCAGACAUUUGACGUGUGUGUGUGUGUGUGUGUGUGUGUGUGUGUGUGUGAGAGCGUGAUUGUAAUACUGUAGUGAAAACUCUCUAGAUAGGGCAUGCCUGAAGGGCGAGGACUGUGGACUCCAUCGUUGUAGAGAAGCACCAAGGGCAGCCUCUGCUUAUACCCAGCCAUUUGUUGAAGACACGCAGGAAAGCCUGUAAACCUGUAAGUAGUACCUAAAACUAUGCAAGGCACUCUGGAUUGGUGAAUAAGUAUGAGAUAACUCCAGCCCACGUGAUACACUCUGAGAAAUAAAUUUUCUAACGAAGCUAUUAAUUAAAAUUAUACCCAAACUUCUAUUAGCUCAAUUGAUUAUAAACAAAAAUAUCUAAUUUAGGCCUGACCCUUGGGUGGAUUUCUUUUUCUCUCAAUAUUUCGUUACGAAGUUUUAAAGGGAAAUGCUGAAGCAACUUAAAUCCCUCUUUUUGAAAAAAUAGUGGCAUGUGAUUUGUUUUUAGUAUAUGGGUAGUUGGAGAAUAGGUGGAGCUUACUUGCUGAUGCAAAUUGAUAAAACAGAGAUGAAGUCAAAACAUUGACUCAGAGAGUAAAACUUAAAACUUGUAAAAGAAAAACGCAGUCACCUGUGUGAAUGUAUGUUGUGCAUGCAUAUUGCGUUUAGAUAUAUUUAAACGUGAUCUCUGAUGUUCUCGAGAACUGGGAACGACUCAACUUUUGUAGUGUCAGUAAUCACUUACUAAACAUUUAUUUAUAUCCACAGAUUGAACUGUAGGUUAGUAACAUAUGCAUUCAUAUCCCCCCCACCCCCACCCCCCAUGAGUCUGUUGCAACAUUUAUAUCGAGCCGUUCCUGUUUUCAUAUAUACCCUCCUCGUGACCUUUGGGGCCUGAUGUUCUCAACGCGCACUUGAAACUAUGGACGUUGCCCUUCCUCCCAAAGGCCGAAGGAGGGUAAGAGUAGAAGAGGGAUUUGUGGGCCGAACUUCAGUAGGCUGGCGAGGUGUUGCCGAAGCUUUGGGGUUUAGAGUAGGAAAGGUGGGUCGUGCUCUUCCUAAGAAGAAACUCGGCGAUAAAGUGCGGCGGCGGACUUCCCGGUGACGGCGUCUCCAGUAAGUCCGCCCAGUUCAGCUCAUCGGGACUCCUUCGCGCCGCUCGCCAAGUGCUUCCGGGGCACGGCAGGCGUCGCUUCCGCAGCAGCAUGGCGGCCGCGGAGGACGGGCAGCUGGCGGGGGACUGCGAAGGAGAGCGGCUGGAUUUCCUGCGGGACCGGCACGUGCGGUUCUUCCAGCGCUGCCUCCAGGUCUUGCCGGAGCGCUAUUCUUCGCUGGAGACCAGCAGGUUGACAAUUGCAUUUUUUGCGCUCUCUGGGCUGGACAUGUUGGAUUCCUUAGAUGUGGUGAACAAAGAUGAUAUAAUAGAGUGGAUUUACUCCCUGCAGGUCCUUCCCACAGAAGACAGGUCAAACCUAAAUCGCUGUGGUUUCCGAGGCUCUUCAUACCUGGGUAUUCCAUUCAAUCCAUCAAAGAAUCCUGGAACAGCUCAUCCUUAUGACAGUGGCCACAUAGCAAUGACCUACACCGGUCUUUCAUGCUUAGUUAUUCUUGGAGACGAUCUAAGCCGAGUAAAUAAAGAAGCUUGCUUAGCAGGCUUGAGAGCUCUUCAGCUGGAAGAUGGAAGUUUUUGUGCAGUGCCUGAGGGCAGUGAAAAUGACAUGCGAUUUGUAUACUGUGCUUCCUGUAUUUGCUACAUGCUCAACAAUUGGUCUGGCAUGGAUAUGAAAAAAGCCAUCAACUAUAUUAGGAGAAGUAUGUCCUAUGACAAUGGGUUGGCACAGGGAGCUGGACUUGAAUCUCAUGGAGGCUCAACUUUUUGUGGCAUUGCAUCGCUGUGUCUCAUGGGUAAACUAGAAGAAGUUUUUUCAGAAAAAGAAUUGAACAGGAUAAAGAGAUGGUGUAUAAUGAGGCAGCAAAAUGGUUAUCAUGGAAGACCGAACAAGCCUGUAGACACCUGUUAUUCUUUCUGGGUGGGAGCAACUCUAAAGCUUCUGAAAAUUUUCCAAUACACUAAUUUUGAGAAAAAUAGAAAUUACAUCUUAUCAACUCAAGAUCGCCUUGUAGGGGGAUUUGCCAAGUGGCCAGAUAGUCAUCCAGAUGCUUUGCAUGCAUACUUUGGAAUUUGUGGCCUGUCUCUAAUGGAGGAAAGUGGAAUUUGUACAGUUCAUCCUGCCCUGAAUGUAAGCACACGGACUUCUGAACGCCUUCGCGAUCUCCAUCAGAGCUGGGAAAACAAGGACUCUAAACAAUGCUCAGAGAAUGUACACAUCUCCACAUGACUGACUUUAGACUGGGAGGGUGGGGGGAUUUGUAGCAUAACUGUAGCUCACGGUUAAAAGCCAUGUAUAACCAAGUGUGCUCUUUUUUUAAGAGGUAGAGUCUUACAAUCAAAUCUUGUGCUGGUGUCACUUUGGAAUAUGGUCUUGAGCCAGUAUUUGUAAUGGGUUUCAAGAAAAUCUUUGAAGUUUGAACCACAAUGGAUUCUGUUAUGGUUCUUAAAUGUUUGUACUGUAUUUCUAAGAAGUUCUUUGAGGAAAAUUAACUGUGUGUAUGUAGGUUAUCUUUUUUAAAACUUCAGUACAAAUUGUAUCAUAUUAUAAAAGAGAAAUAUUCAAGUUUACAGUUCACAUAGCAUUGAUAAUCUUUGGGUGAACACUUAGUGAUCAUUUUAAAAGCUUGACUGCUGAUGGUAGAAAAGUGCUUUAAGAAUUAAGUAUCUGGGAUUAUUCUUUGAAAACAAUUGAUCCCAUAAUUUUUAAAAAGAAGACGACUUAUUUUGUCUCAUUCAUAAGUGUGUGCCAAUUAAAUUUGUGUGGGAUAUACCAGUAUAAGUGAAAUUAACCUCAUAGCAAGAAUGAAUAGGCUUAACUAAUACAAUAAAUUUCAUAAAGGGAGAUUGUUUUAAGAAGACUAUUAUGUAACUGUGGGAAAAGUAAUUUAAUUGUAUGUGAUAGUGAAUGGAAAAGUUUUGUGUUGUGCAGAUCCUUUAUUUAAAUGUUGCUGGGGUGAAUAACAGUUAUGUUUUACUUUAAUCUCAAAUUAUUAGUUCCUGUUUUUUCUUUUUCUUUAUGGGGAGAAAACAGUAUUAUCUGGAAGAAAAGACAUUUAGUAGUUUUGUUUAUUUUUCUGAGAUAUGUGAUAUCAUGAUUUAUCCUAGUACUUUUAUAACAGUUAUUUUUAGCCACUUGGAUUUUAUUUUUAGUUUGUUGCCCCAUGCUUUAGCUUUUCUAAUUUCAAACUGAUAAUUGCUUAAUUUUUUCAAAUUUAAUAAGCAAAAAUUUAAUUAAAAAAUAGGACCGCUCAAGUAAAUUAAAUGGCUUAGCUCCAUAUGUGGCCAUUUAUGUUUUUAUAUUUUCAGGUAAGUUGGAGGGAAAUGUACUAUUUAGGGGUUGAAGACGAGAGUUUGGUUUUGUUCUUUUUGUUUUGUUUAUUCUAUGAAUUUGCUAAUUGUAAAGGAGGUAGUAUAAAAACUCAUCUGGUCAAUAAUAAGUUAUUCAGUAAAUCACAUCAGUCACUAUUGCUCGAUGACAUUCAAAGAUAUGAAACUAGUACUGAAAUGGAGAAGGAAAACGCUUCACUUAAGGGGCUGGAUUUAAGUUAAAAUUGUGGUGAUAAUAAAUAUUGAAUUAUUUGUUCUCCAAGAAUCAGUAUAAAAACUAAAUUACUAGUAUCGCUGUUUAGGUAUAGUAACAUUUACCAUUUUAUUUUAUUUCCUAAAUUGGAAGGAAAAUAGCCUUAAAUUAUGGUUCUUCCCAAACAAAGGGAAAACUAGUAUAUACUUGAAAAAAAUGAUCAUGUAUUAUUGGUAUGGACAGUUGUAAACUUCAAUUUGCCAGAGUAAAAUUUUUUUUACAUUAGAAAUAAAAUCAAUUUUCUGAUGAUGGAAAAACGUAAGUUUAA